GAGGCUGCAAAGAUCACCUCAGCCAACCUGGUUUUGUGAGAUUCAGCUGUGUGACAUCCAACCUGAACACCUGAACACAACCUUAUUUGGAGUCCAGCAUGAUGGUCUCAGUGUUCCUGCUUCUGCUACUUUCUGUGGGAACCUUCUCUCUUCCUGCAGCCCAGGCACAACUUCCUGAGGACUGUCAUGAUGUCUACAAAAAUGGCUCCACACACAGUGGGGUGUACACUAUCUAUCCUCCAGAGUACAACAAAGCUGUCCAGGUGUACUGUGACAUGGACUGUGAGGACAAGGAGGACAAAGGAGGAUGGACUGUGUUUCAGAGGAGAUUGGAUGGCACUUUGAAUUUCUACAGACCCUGGGAUCAGUACAAGAGUGGCUUUGGGGAUAUUUCUGGAGAACACUGGCUGGGUCUGGAUAACAUCUUUGCUAUUAGUUGGCAAAAGAAGUACAGGUUGAGGGUGGACAUGGAAGAUUUUGAGGGAGGAAAUGUCCAUGCUGAGUACAGCUCCUUCUCUCUGGAUCCGGAGUCUGAUGGAUACAGGCUGAAUAUUGACAACUACAUUGAUGAAGGUGUAGGUGACUACCUCAGGUAUUCCAAUGGGAUGCAGUUUUCCACUUUUGACCACGGAAGUUAUUCUUAUACUGCUGAAAAUUAUCAUGGAGGGUUCUGGUACACCUACACUGUUUAUGCAAACCCCAAUGGCUUGUACAAAUGGGGCCGCCACUCAGACCAUCGUAGAGGUAUCCUGUGGGACGGCUGGAAGGGGACCUAUUACUCUUUGAAAGCCAUCUCCAUGAAGAUCAGACCUUUGUCUCUAGAACAUGUAAAGAACUAGGAAGGGGAACUACAAAUUAAAUCCACUUCCUGUUUGUGCCACACCCUCUCUAUGUUCAUGGCACAACCAUUCUCUGUUCUUCUUCAGAUUGAACAGAUUAUUAGACCUUUUUUGUUAUAAUUACCUCAAAAUUACUUCUUACUUAUUGAUGCUUUAAUCGCUUUUUGUUUUGUCUCAGUAUUUUAAAAUUAAAUAAUUAAUUAUUUUUCAUUGGUUUGAUUGAGAAACAAUAGGUCACACUCAUAUAGUAUGGUGCAUUGGAAUGCUUACUUGGGUCAACUUUGGAUAUAAAAUGAAAAAUUAUCAUGAUUUAAUGACUUACUUUCUCUCCUAUUCUAAUAUUAAAUUCACCAUUCUGCUUUCAUGUGUGUGUUUGUAAUCACCUGCUUCCAAAUAAACACUGUCCUGUU